GGUUGUUCACUCGGCCAGUGCAUUUCACCAAAGCAACCAAAAAUACGAAAAACGAAAAAGAAAUAAAAAAAAUCGAAUUGCAAUUUCAAUUUCCAAACAAGAAACACAGCGUCGAAUAAAUAAAACGAAAGUUGUCGAUACACUACGCAAAUCGGUGAAUUGAUAAAAAUUCUUUUCAUCAAACGGAAUUCCGCAAAAAGUUCACGCAAUAAAAUGUUCACCAAAAUUCAAUUUUCGAAGAGUUGCAGUACGCUCAACUGAUUGCCAUUAUAUAACAGUGACGAGCAGAACGUGCAGCAUUGUAGCAAACGAAACCAGUGAAAUUGUGGCAUGCAAUUGCAGCAGCGACGCGCUAAAGAAAAACAAAAGCAGCAACAAUAGCAAGACCAAGACACACAACAACAUCACAAAAAAGUUAAUGAAAAUGUUAAGUAAAGCAAACAAACGCGAAGGCGAUGGGAAUGGCAGGCGUCAGCCCAAAUUAAAAACAAACACGCACAGAAAACGAAGAUGCAGUCCGUUGUUAUGCAGUCUAUUGCUGUUACUUUGCCAGAUGGGGCAUGCAACGACGACAACGGCAGCAACAAACUCAACAAGGAUUAUGGCAACUAGCGACACAUCCUUCAGCCAACCACUGACAACGAUGACAGGCCAAGCGCGUAACGAUGACAACACAUUUCUGCCCAUUUUGCCCAUUGACAUCAGCCCAGAAUUCAUCUCUCGCAAUGUGUUCACCAAAUCCGGUCAAUACCGAGUCUUUCAGCCGGUCGAGAGUGAAAGCGAUUUGCGCCUGGCCGUUUCAAUGAAGCGCAAAGAUUACACGCAAAGGGCAGAACACAGCGAGGUGAGCAAAACCAGUACAAAGCCAACAAAAAGGGCAGCGGCAGCCACAAUAACAACAACCGUUGCAACAAGCACUGUGAAACCGGUUAAGAGAUCAGCCAAAAUACCUGUAGGCCAACAACAACAAGAGCAGAGCAAUAACGGCACAUCCAUUGGGCUGCGCAAUGAGCUGCAAGGCUUGGAGGACUUGCUUAUGGAGUAUGUGGAACAGUUUUUUACACAGGGUAAAUAUGAGCCAAUGCCUGGCUUGGUGCUGGCACUGCAAAAAAAUCAUACGAAAGCUGAAACUGAGAAGUUACAACGAGUAGAACGAAGUGUGCUGGACGAUGCCAACGUCGAGCUAAACAUACCUCGAGCAAUGCAAAGUGCGAGGCUUUUGUUUUUCUCUGGCCUAAAGAAGCUUAUGUGGCCUCUUUACAUGGGAUUGCAGGUGCUGAAGAGUCUGCUGUUUGCCUUGUUUUUGCCAACAAUCAUAGGGAGCGUGAGUAGACUGAUUGGCAAGGGCAUCACCUCGGGCUCGGCCAGUUCAAUUCCGCUUUUUGUUCGACCCAUGGAUCCGCCACAGGAAUUGGAUUUCAGGGACAACAGCGCCAACUUUGAUGAUGACAGCAAAUUCAGUUUAGCCGACGACAGCAAAACGAAUGCGGGCUACGAAUACAAUGCGGAGGCCUCCCAGCAGCAGCCACAAUUCACGCCCUUCAACACCAACUCGGUGAGCCAGCAAACACUGUCGCGAUACGGCGGACAACAGCAAAUGCAGGAUACCUAUGCCAGUGCAAUACAGAGUUUGGGUGCGGCCUCGUUUAAGAAUUCGCAAAGCUUGUCAGGCGGUUCUUCUAGCCUUGGCAACGCUGCACCUGGCAUGGCCAAGAAGCCACCUUCGCCGGCGAACAUGAACACAUUCCAGAGCUUCCAAAAGGUGCCGAAUUCAUCGCUGCUGCUGUCCAACUACGAUCCCUUCUACAGUCCGCUGUUGUCGCGACUGGAUUCGGUAUUUGCACAGCUCAAGCUCAACUCGGAGAGCGAAAGCUGUCGCGAGAAGCUCAUUUGCCUGAUGUAUGCGAAUCCCGCAAAGUAUGCACCGUACAGUAAUCUUGUCUCUGCGCAGCUAAGUCGAGAACUGAACGAGUUGCGUAAGCCGACCUCGGAUAAUCCGGAUAUCUUGCGCUUCUUCAAGUACAUGCGAGCUGCGAAGGAUGGCCAGGAUGGCGUCGACUGCGAGCAGUCGUUUGUGAAAUGCAAGGAAUUUAAAGAUUUCGAGAACCCAGCAAUGCUCUCCACCUACAACGACAUCAACAAAUUGGUUCAAGCUCGCAAAUUGGCGUAGGGCAAAGGCAAAGGCAAAGAAAAGUUCGCUAAAGUCACGUCAGCGCACAUCAGGUGUUAAUGCCUGGAGCUGUAAUUAUGCAAAUUUAACUUAAGAUAGUCUAGCCAUAUAUAAAUAGGUAUACACAUACAUAUACAUACAUGCUCGUAUAUGUUGUAUGUGUAUGUCUAUAAAUAUGUUCAUCAAGCGUUCCAGAGACAGCUGUCAGCGGUCGAUUGGAGGCGUUUCUUGUGUUGGGACUUUAAUUAGUGUGCUGUAAAUAGAAAAUUGUGUUAAAUAGUUUAAUUAACAGGCAUCAGCAUUAGCCUGUUAUGUUAGCCAUUUAGCUGAGUUACUUAAUAUACCUAAUUUAUUUAUUUAUUUGUUUUAUUAUUUACGUAUUUAUUUAUUUAUUUAUUAUUGUUAUCGCAUUAGUCAGCAGAAAUGCUUAAAGCUGCGUAAGAUCCUAAAUAACCAUUAAAGUUUAAUUAAAUUAUACAUCUAAGUCU